AUGGUUGCCCAGGCGCAGGCCGUGACUGUCUCCCUCGAGGACCUCACAAACGGCACCGUCUCUUUCGACACCCUCCAGCAAGCCUUUGGGCCCGACUCGCUCGGCAUUCUCGUCGUCAAGGACGUGGCCCCCGAGUUUGCCCAGCUGCGCCGCCUCGCCCUCUCCUACGCCUCUUACCUUGGGAACCUCCCGGCCGCUGAGCUCGAGAAGCUGGAGAAUGGCCAGGCAAAGUACCUGACGGGCUGGUCCCGCGGCAAGGAGACGCUCAAGAACGGCCAGGCAGACACCUUGAAGGGCUCCUACUACGCAAACUGCGCCUUCUACCUCGACCCGCACCUCGAGUGCGCCCGCCCCACGCCCGGCUUCUCCCCCGACUCCUUCCCCGAGUACCUGGCCCCCAACCUGUGGCCCCCCGAGGCCGUGCUGCCGGGCUUCCGGCCCGCCCUCACCAGCCUGUGUCGCCUCAUCAUUGACGUGGCCGUCCUCGUGGCCCGCGCCUGCGACCGCUUCGCCGACAAGGAGAUCCAGGGGUAUCCUCGCGGAUAUCUCGAGCACGUCGUCAGCACCUCGAGCACCACAAAGGCCCGGCUGCUGCAUUAUUUCCCCCACGAGGCUGGAAGCGGCGGCAACGGCCAAGACGGGGGCGAAAACGACGAUAACGACGACUGGUGUGCCACCCACCUCGACCACGGAUGCCUCACCGGCCUCACCUCGGCCAUGUUCGUCGACGAGAGCACGGCCAGCCCCGUCGUGCCCGACGCCGCCGCCCCCUCCAACGGCGCCUCCCUGUCGCCUCUCGAGGAGCUGCCGUCCUCGCCCGACCCCUCGGCCGGGCUGUACAUCAAGUCGCGCGCGGGCGAGACGGUCCAGGUCAAGAUCCCGCGCGACUGCAUCGCCUUCCAGACGGGCGAGGCGCUCGAGCGCAUCACCGCCGGCCGCUUCAAGGCCGUCCCGCACUUUGUCAGGGGCGUGCGCCGCGGCUCCGGUGCCGGCGGCCGCGUCGCCCGCAACACCCUCGCCGUCUUUACGCAGCCCAACCUCGACGAGGAGGUGGACAGGGAGCGCCACCUGACGUUUGGCGAGUUUGCCAGGGUCGUCGUCGCGCAGAACACGGUGUCGUAA